AAUGUAACUUUCAAUUAAAACCUGCUCUUAUUUGUAAAUGUGAAAUCCUGAAGACUUCGCCUAGUCGAUUUGAGAAUAUUCAUUUAAUAUGUCGCAGGAUAUUGAAUAUACACUUUGAAAAGAGUGAAAAGUCCAUUUCAUUAUAUUGGCAGGCCACUUUAUACUCCCUCGUAGUCUACUUCGUUCUACUUCGUACAAAUUUAUAUGAAAUAUGUAUAUACGAUAAAACACGAAUAAUACACGUGUAAUUUAUACAAAACAAUUAGUGAACUUUUAUAUUUGUACCGUUGAUCUGAUAAUUAAAGAUCACCAAAACACCCAUAUGUGUUUCAUUUCAUAACGUUACUUACGUGAUGUAUGUUUAUCAAGUGUAACCAGUUAUAACGUUGGUUAGCCAUUUCCGUGCUCCUAGUCAAAUAAUAUUAAUUUUGUUAUUAUUUAAAUAGAAAAGAGAAUAACCAUGGAUGCAGAUCUAUACGAUGAAUUUGGCAAUUAUAUUGGUCCCGAUUUGGCUUCUGAUAGCGAAGAUGAAAAUGAAUAUGGAAAUGCCGGAGACGAUGCAGAAGACAGGGAGCGCUCUGAUGAGGAAAUGGAAGAAGACAGAGAUGAAGUUAGAGAACAAUCGGAGCAAGGAAAUUCCAUGGCAGUUGUAUUGCACGAGGAUAAAAGAUAUUAUCCAAGUGCUUUAGAAGUUUAUGGGCCAGAGGUAGAGACAUUGGUACAAGAAGAAGACGCACAGCCAUUAGAUAAACCGCUGAUAGCACCAACACGAAAACCAAAGUUUCAAAUAAAACAACAGCAACUACCAGAGACAACGUAUAGCAUAGAAUUUUUAGCAGAUAUGAUGGAUGCACCUCACCUUAUACGUAAUGUUGUUCUACUUGGUCACCUACAUCACGGCAAAACUACUUUAGUCGAUUGUCUAGUGAGACAGACGCAUCCCUAUCUUCACAGCGUAACAGACGAAAAACCUUUAAGGUAUACCGACACAUUAUUCACCGAGCAACAGCGAGGAGUAUCGACGAAAGCAACACCCGUGACGUUGUUACUGCAAGACGUAAAAUCAAAGUCCUACCUUUUAAAUAUAUUCGAUACUCCGGGUCACGUAAAUUUUUCUGACGAGGCGACAGCGGCGAUACGUUUAUCCGAUGGAGCGGUGCUGAUCGUCGACGCCGCCGAAGGCGUCAUGUUGAACACAGAACGUUUACUAAAACACGCGCUUCAGGAAAAACUUGCGUUAACAGUUUGUAUAAAUAAGAUAGACCGACUGAUCCUCGAACUAAAAUUGCCCCCCUUAGACGCGUACUAUAAAUUAAGACAUAUCAUCGAAGAAAUUAAUGGGCUGAUAGCGCUAUAUUCGGAUUCUGAAAAUCCAUCUUUCGUGUCACCUGCAAUCGGAAACGUGUGCUUUGCGAGCUCGGAGUACAAUGUCUGUUUCACCCUGAAAUCCUUCGCGGCCCUUUACGCUAAGAUCCAUCCCUCGCUUAACGCCAAUGAAUUUUCGAAACGACUAUGGGGAGAUAUAUACUUUAACUCGAAAACACGGAAAUUUACGAAAAAACCGCCACACAAUACCGCACAGCGCAGCUUUAUCGAAUUCAUUCUCGAGCCAUUGUACAAGAUCUUCGCGCAAGUUGUCGGCGAUGUUGACACAACUUUACCCGAUGUACUGGACGAAUUAGGCAUAAGACUAACAUCCGAAGAAAUGAAAAUGAAUAUUAGACCUCUGUUGAGAUUGGUAUGCACGCGUUUCUUGGGAGACAUGUGCGGAUUAGUCGAUAUGUGCGUAGCCCACGUUCCUAGUCCUCAGUCGCACGCACCAGUCAAAGUUCAACACGUGUACACAGGCUCUAUGGAUUCGUCUCUCGCGCAGGAUAUGAUCAAUUGCGAUCCUGACGGCAGGCUAAUGAUUCACAGCACAAAAAUGUAUCCUACCGAGGACUGUACUCUAUUCGUGGUCCUCGGAAGGGUAAUGUCAGGUACACUCGAGGCAGGACAACGUGUCCGCGUAUUAGGUGAAGCAUACUCGCGUACCGACGAAGAAGAUUCUCGCGUUUUAACCGUGGGAAGGUUGUGGAUUAGCGAGGCACGCUACUCGAUCGAGCUGAACAGAGUUCCCGCGGGCAACUGGGUACUUAUCGAAGGUAUAGACAGGCCGAUCGUAAAAACGAGCACCAUUACCGAUCUCAGUAAUUCAGACGACUUGCAUAUCUUCCGACCAUUGAAGUUCAAUACUCAGAGCGUGAUCAAAAUCGCGGUCGAACCUGUCAAUCCAUCAGAGUUACCAAAAAUGUUAGACGGCCUGAGGAAAGUGAAUAAAAGCUAUCCAUUGCUGGGCACGCGAGUCGAGGAGAGCGGCGAACACGUGGUCCUAGGUACCGGUGAAUUGUACUUGGACUGCGCGAUGCACGACCUGCGUCGUAUGUAUUCGGAAAUCGAUAUAAAAGUAGCAGACCCGGUCGUUGCUUUCGCGGAGACGGUAGUAGAAACGAGUUCUCUCAAGUGUUUCGCCGAAACACCCAAUAAACGGAACAAGUUGACGAUGAUCGCCGAACCACUCGAGAGAGGCCUGGCUGAGGACAUCGAGGCGGAACACGUUAAAAUCACGUGGAACAAAAAACGUCUAGGAGAAUUUUUCCAGACGAAGUACGACUGGGAUUUAUUGGCGGCGCGAAGCAUAUGGGCGUUUGGUCCAGACGCCACGGGUCCUAAUAUUCUGGUCGACGAUACUUUGCCAUCAGAAGUAGACAAGACGCUAUUGAACAGCGCCCGUGACGCCAUCAUUCAGGGCUUCCAGUGGGGUACGCGAGAAGGUCCUCUCUGCGAAGAACCGAUUAGAAACGUGAAGUUCAAAAUCCUGGACGCCGUGAUUGCUCAAGAACCUCUUCAUCGAGGAGGUGGUCAGAUAAUUCCGACGGCCAGAAGGGUAGCCUAUUCUGCCUUCCUUAUGGCAACGCCCAGAUUGAUGGAACCCUACUUGUUCGUCGAAGUUCAAGCGCCUGCGGAUUGCGUGUCAGCGGUUUAUACCGUGCUGGCUAAAAGAAGGGGCCACGUGACUCAAGACGCUCCCGUUCCCGGAAGUCCCUUGUAUACCAUCAAAGCAUUCAUCCCGGCAAUCGAUAGUUUCGGAUUCGAGACUGACCUGCGAACCCAUACGCAAGGUCAGGCUUUCUGCCUGUCCGUAUUCCAUCAUUGGCAGAUCGUGCCUGGCGAUCCAUUAGAUAAAAGCAUUACUAUUCGACCACUGGAGCCACAGCCAGCUACGCAUUUAGCUAGAGAGUUUAUGUUGAAGACAAGAAGGCGAAAGGGACUUUCGGAAGACGUGUCUAUCAAUAAAUUCUUCGACGAUCCUAUGUUAUUGGAAUUAGCCCGACAGGACGUUCUAUUGAAUUACCCGUUAUAAAAUAUAACCGUAGAACAAUUUCCUGUAUAAUUUUACUACGACGAGUUAUCAUUAAAGAAUUAAUUUUAUACGAAAA